AUGGGUUCUCAAUCUGCCAUGAAAUUACCAGUCCUUGAUUUCUCAGGUGACUUAAAACAUGGAGAUGAGAGAUGGAAUGCACUGACACGAGAGGUGCAAGGAGCUCUGGAAGGCCCAGGGUGCUUUGAGGCUGUCUAUAAUACUGCAGUCCUUGAGUCUCUGCAGAAGGAAAUCGAGACGGUGAAGACCGUAGCAAAGAACAUAACGGAGUUCGCUAAACUAAUUAAACUAAUGGUUAUGGAGAGUUAUGGUGCAGAGAAAUACUUUGAUGAUCUUGACAAAUCCACAAAUUAUCAUCUUCGCAUGAUGAACUUGAAUGGUCACACGGACAAGAACAUGAUGACCAAACUCUGCCCCGACCAAGUAGGUGGCUUGGAGGUGCAAUUUAAAGAUGGGUCUUGGGUACCAGUGGUGACCUCGGAAGGCUCUCUUGUCGUCGCCAUAGGUGAAUCUUUCAUGGCAUGGAGCAAUAGAAGGCUUCAUCCAGUACGACAUCGGGUGAUGCUGAGGGGAUAUGAGGACAGAUAUUCUUGUGGGAUAUUUUCGAUCCCAGCCCGAAAUGUAUUGAUUAAGACCCCCAAAGAGCUUGUGGACGAAGACCAUCCUUUGCUGUUUAAACCCUUUGACUACCAUGAUUAUUAUAAAUUCUACAAGAUAAAUAACGAGUAUGGCCUCAAGGAAUUUGCUGGCAACUGGCAUUACAUGGAAUUGAAGCCUCUCUCUCUCUCAAUUAUGAUUUGCUUAGCUGCUUUUCUUUGA